AUGGCGGACCCUGUUCCUGAAAAGGGCCCAACUGGCUCCGCGCCUUCCUCGGUCAUCAACUCGCGGGAUAACUCACGGGCGGCGACUCCCUUGAACGCUGCGGUAGCGGAGAAGGCGCCCGAUGACAGCUCAAAGUUCAAGACGUUUCUGGGCAUACUGAGGAGAUUCAUUGGCGUUUCCGAUCUCGCUGCCGUCCGAUUCUCCCUCCCCGCCCAACUCCUCGAGCCGAGACCGAAUUUGGAGUACUGGCACUACCUAGACCGACCGGACACCUUCAUCAGCAUCGGAGAUUCAGACGAUGAUUUGGGGCGCAUGCUCGGAACCCUGCGCUUCUGGUUUACCAAGGACCUGAAAUACGUCAAGGGAAAGCCAUGCAAGCCCUACAACUCCACACUGGGCGAGUUCUUCAGGUGUAAUUGGAAAAUCGAAGAUACCCACCCCACGCUCAAGACGCCCAAAUCGGCACCCUCGAGCGCCGCCAACAGCGUCAAGGGCGAUGGCAAGACUGUCACCGUCUCGUACCUCACCGAGCAGACGUCGCACCACCCUCCCGUUUCUGCCUUUUACGUCGACUGCCCCGAGAAGGGUAUCAGCGCACGAGGCUAUGAUCAGCUUAGCGCAAAGUUUACGGGUACAAGCGUGCGCGUUGUGGCUGGAGCGCACAACUUGGGCAUCUUCAUCAACCUGAAGAACCGAGAUAACGAGGAGUACCAGCUCACACAUCCAGCCGCGUACCUGGGGGGCAUUCUCCGAGGCUCCCUCAAUGUGUCCGUUGCGGAUAGCUGCUUCAUCACCUGCCCAAAGACUGGGCUGAAGACGAUUCUAGAGUACCAGGAGGAGGGCUGGCUCGGCCGAUCGCAAAACAAGGUUAUGGGAGUCAUCUUCAAAUACGACCCCAGCAAGGAUACGGUAAUGAAGAUCAAGGAUGUGCCUGAAAAGGAUGUCCUUGCGCGAAUAGAAGGCAACUGGCAAGACAAGGUCUACUACACUCUGGGCAGCAAGCCCUACACCAAGGUCCCUGAGAAGAACCUUAUCAUCGAUCUCAAUCCGCUUGACCCCAUCCCCAAGAUCGUCCCGCCACUUGAGGAGCAGCUUCCCAACGAAUCGCUCAAGUUCUGGGACGGCGUGACGAAUGCCAUAGUAGGCAAACAAUACGGGGUUGCCACCACGCUCAAGACGGAAAUCGAGGAGAAGCAAAGGGCAAAGGCGGCCGAGCGCAAGGCAGCGGAUAAGGAAUGGAAGCCACGCUUCUUCACCGGUGCCGUUACCCCCGUGGGCAAACCAGACCUCACCAAGGACGGCGAGGAGGCGCUCAAGGGACUGCACACGGAGAACUACAAGCUUCCACCCAACGACGAAUACGCAGCCUUUUGA